GUUGCUUAGCCAGGUGAGAGAGUUCCGGCCCUGGCUCCACCCACUUUCACAGGCGGCCCCGCCCACCUCGCGCUUCUAAAAGUGUGAAGGCGGCGACGGGUGGGCCUUGUCAGUUGUGGUUGGAGCGAGACGUCGAAAGCUGCCGAGCCUUUAUUUCGCCGGAGUUCGCGGUAAAUGUAUGGCUACUCAAAAGUGUUUAAAAUAAUGGAAACAAAAGGAAUGAUUGGUAAACCCCUCCAGCCAGCAAGACCUGCACGCCAUCUCUCUUCCCAUGUAUCGGCAACCACUUUCACUUUCCAGACUAAGUUUCCAUGCAACCCUUCUGUAUGUUUGCAUAAUGAAAUUAGUUCGAUGUGCAAGUCUAAUGGAAUGCUGGUUUUAAAUGACAGUCUGAUUCCUACACUGUCAGAGCAGCAUAAACCUGAAGUCACAAAAGAGAGAAUAACAUAUAGUAGAGAUUUCCUCUUGAAGCUUUCAAAGGUUUCACUUGCCCAAAAGAAACCAGAAUUUCUUCCCGAUCAUCCUAUUGUACUUGAAAAACCAAAAAACUAUUUACUACCUACUGCAAGCAACAAUAGGUCUUUCUGAAGAUGAGGAAUGUGUCUUUUUCACCACUAAAAAUUAAGGGAAUGGGAUCUGUAAUGCCAAUAGACUGUAAUCAAAAUUUAUCUUUUACAGUUGGUGUAUCCAUCAGUUCAUUUCGGAAGUAAAGCUGUUUUCAACAGAAAACUUAUGUGAAAACUUCAAGUUUUGUAUGACUUAAACCAAUAGUUCAUUGAGCUUUUGUAGUUAUAAAGGAGAGAACUGCUAAAAUGAGGCAGAACCACUGUCACUUUUCAAAUUUGGAAAUGUUGCCUAUAACACCAUACUGCCAUAGCUGUGAUGCCCGAAGGACUGGAGUUCACUUGAUCACUUUUGCUGCAACUGAUUAGAUAUGUGCAAUGGUGAGGAAGGCUAUUCUCAUUGGUUGGCUGCUAUAAACUACUGACUCCUCAUGGCUACAUACACCUUACAGUAAGCCUUCAAACCACCAUCACAUAGUAAACAUUCCUCUGUAUCAACCCUUAGUGAAUGUUAAGUAUGUUGUGUAUUAUCUAUGUAUAUCUAAAAUACUGGCUAGUGUUUUGUAAAAGCACAUACCUAAAUCUCUUCCAUUUAAAUCAUUGGGACUUGACUUUGGUUGGAUUGUACCAUUUUUUCUAGUGUUAUAACAUUUCUAAUGUAUUUAUAAAUAGUAGCAGUAUGUUUUAAUAAUUUUAUCGUGACCUGUCCUUUUCCCUCUCUGCCUUCCCCCAUUUUUCACCUUACCUUUUUCCAUCAAUCACUGUAACUCUUCCUAAAUAAACUAGAUUGAUUCAG